UUACGUAUCAUUUUGUCAUGCUACAGCCGGUGGCGGUCGUGAGCGCUCACAAGGGCGAUGUGAAUUGCUGCUGCUUUUCUCCGAACGGAAAGCUCAUCGCCACGGCGUCAGGCGAUCACACAGUGCGAUUGUUUGAGUCAUCGAAUGGGCGAGAGGUCGACCAGUCACCGCUUCGCGGUCACCAGUUUUAUGUCAACGUUUGUGUGUUUUCGCCGGACGGUCGGAUUCUAGCAUCCGGGUCAACGGACGGCAAAGUGAAGUUGUGGAGCACGGAAACGUGCAAGGAAAUUGGUACACUAGAUGUACAUAUUUCGGGAGUGCGUUCUGCAGCGUUUUCUGCUGAUGGUUACCACUUGGCUGCUGGAUCAUCUGCAGGCGUUCUAAAAGUUUACAAAGUGUCCUCGCGAAGAAUGUAUCGAUCUUUGUUUGCUAAGGAGACAAGCAUCGUGGCUCUUUCCUACUCACCAAACGGAUUUUUGCUUGCUUCUGGUUCAGGAAGUGGGGAAAUACGACUUUGGGAUCCAUACGCUGGUCUAUCUCUGACGUCCACUGAAGCUGAUGAUCUUUGUGUCUCAACUUGUGUCUUUUCUCCUCAUCACACAUCGAAUGUUGAACAACAAGAAGACGGAACCUACAAACUAACACACCGGUUUGUUCUUGCAUCAGGUGGCCAGGACCACACAGUCAAGCUGUGGAAUGUGGUAAAUAUUGAAGGCGAGACGUCCAUCCUACACUGGCAGACUCUGUCUGGCCAUUCUGGUCCAGUCUAUUCCGUUUGCUUCUCGCCGGAUCGUUUGUACUUGGCAUCAGGGUCUGGAGACAAGACAGUUACUUUAUGGGAUAUGGGUUAUCGAACUGCUGUUUGUACGAUGGGUGAUCAUACUAGAUAUGUGACGACGGUGGCGUUUUCGCCUAAUGGCAAGGGUCUGGCGACCGGGUCAAAUGAUAAGACACUGAGGAUUUGGAAAGUGGUGGAUCCUAGUAGUGUUGCUGCAGCCAGUGAGGAAGAACCGGCGCUCAUAGUGGGAGAAUGUCGUAUGGCCAAGUUGCUAUCAGAGCGUGGAAUAAAACCAAAAUGUCCUCUUGGUGGCUGGUCAGUUGAUGAUGUUGGGGAGUGGCUGAGGAAGAUUGGGUUGCGCGAGUUUGAGCAGACAUUUAGGGAUAAUGCCAUUGAUGGGACAGAACUGUUGGGAUUGGAUGCACAAAUGCUGGCUGAUGAUCUCGGAAUUACUGCAUUGGGUCAUCGCAAUAAGAUUCUACGAGCAAUUCGAGAACUUUACUCGUCAGCUACAACAAACAAUGGUGUUCCAGAAGAGUUUUUGUGUCCGAUAUCCAUGGAAGUCAUGCAAGAUCCAGUGAUUGCAUCAGACGGCUACAGUUAUGAACGAUCAUCUAUCCUUGCUUGGUUGGGUGAAGGCAAACAGACCAGUCCAAUGACGAACCUCCCGCUGGCCAGUUCGAGUCUUACUUCCAACAGACAGUUGAAGAUGCUGAUCGAGAGACACCUAUCCGUCAGCAAUCAACAACAAAAGGAACAGACGUCAGACGAAACCUAAAACCGGAGAACUCUUAAUCGCUCUAUUAGAUGUUUCUAGCUGAAGAAGUAGUUAACACUCGAGACAACGUUGGGAAAGAUGGUUGCCAUGACAACAGGAUUUUGGUUUACGGUUAGACCAAAUCAAUUGUAAAUAUUGUUAUCAGACGGGACAUUGGGUUUGAGAUGAUAUGGUUAAGCAGUAGGUAUCAAGCGUAGCUUUUUGAUUUUCGGUUGCAAACAUGCUGAAGCUUGGUUCACAA